UUUAAUACCACCUCACUUCUCCCCUCCAAAGCCCCCCUCCCUACUCAACUUUUCACUGCUUUUCUUUUUCAUCUUCUUCUUCUUCUUCACUUCUUCUCUCUUUCAAUUUCUUGUCCAUCUAGUUAUUUACAUCAGCUCCAAGGGAAAACAAAAAAUACUCCACAAAUUAAAGGAGGGGUGAGCUGUUGACAGUAGUUACUAAAGUUAGUAUUGAGGGUAGCCCUAGGAUAUAUAGUUAGACAAGUGGGAGGCAUGAAGGAGAGUGGUAGGAAGCAGGGUGCAUCCUCACCAUGUGCAGCAUGCAAACUUUUAAGGAGAAGGUGUGCCCAAGACUGUGUUUUUGCUCCUUAUUUUCCUGCAGAUGAGCCCCAGAAGUUUGCUAAUGUGCAUAAGGUGUUUGGUGCUAGCAAUAUCAACAAGAUGCUUCAGGAGUUGCCACUGCACCAGCGAGGCGACGCGGUCAGUAGCAUGGUCUAUGAGGCCAACGCCAGGGUUCGUGACCCCGUUUACGGGUGUGUCGGAGCCAUAUCUUCACUACAGCAGCAGAUAGACGCCCUCCAAACCCAAUUGGCCAUGGCACAGGCAGAGGUGGUGCACCUCCGGCAAUUUAAUUAGAGAACGAGAGAGGUGGUGGCAGCAGCGGUGGCGCUGUGGCGGCUGGAAUGGUGGUCAAGGUCAUUUAGCUUACUUUGGUUUGAAAAGGGUCUUUGGUCAUUGACUAUUUAUAAUGUACAUAUAUAAUUUUAACUUUAUAUAAUGGACUUUAAGCUGGUGCAUGAAUUUCUCCAUUUCUUUCUGA